UCGAUAUGUAUUGUGAUUGUCUCCGAAGCAACGCACCAUUUUAUUUCCAAAAGCAACAAAUAGUGUGAAUUGACGCACAUAAAAUUUGUUCAUAUAGUUCGAGGAACAUCGCUGCUAAACGUACUUCAACGCUGAAUUCAAUGGAAGAGAACACGGACCAGGACAUCUGGAUCUUUGGAUAUGGGUCACUGGUGUGGAAAGCAGAUUUUCCCUUCGUGGAAAAACGAACAGGUUUCAUAAAAGGAUUUCUGCGGCGGUUCUUUCAGAAUAGUACUGAUCACCGGGGUACAUCUGACAAACCCGGGCGAGUUGUUACUUUGAUUCAUUCGGAAAACCCGGAAGCAAAAGUGUGCGGUAUGGGUUACCGGAUCGCGGCGAAGGAUAAGCAACACGUACUGAAACAUCUUGAUCACCGGGAAAAAAAUGGAUACGAACGCUAUCAGGUUGAGUUUUAUCCGUACCCCUUGGAUCAAAAUCAGCUGAACGAGCCGCAAUCCAUUUUGCUGUACGUAGCGACGCACGAAAACCCAUCUUUUGCCGGUCAGCAGGAUACACUGGAAACGAUCGCCCAGCAAAUCCUAGGAUCUUCCGGGCAGAGUGGAAGGAAUCCCGAGUACGUCUACAGACUGGCCGAUGCGAUGCGUCAGCUGUAUCCGGGCGAACGGGACGAUCAUUUAUUUGAUCUGGAACGUUUGCUUUUGGAGCGCGAUCCGAUGAUGUUAGAGAGCGAAAAGUUGAAGGAAAUCGAGGUAAAUCGAUCGGAACUCAGCAAGGAAGGAUAACCAAAACGAGAACACGUAAAAGUAUGCUGCAGGCAGCACAUGGUUGGCCCGAAUUAGGAUCGAUAAAAAGACAACGAUUGAGGGAUCUUGUUAAGAUACUUUCUCACCAUAAGAGCGAUGCAUCCUGAAGUAAUAAUAUGCUGUGAAGAUAGAAAUGAAUAAUAAAAUUCUUAAUGAUAAAUUUAACUGACCUAUGCGAGAGUCAUUAGCGAAGGUCAAUGUAGCGUGCGACGGUGAUCUGGUGAGAAAUUUCGUUUAUGCUUGAUCGACGAUGUAACGCAUAUAAAAAUGCAAGACAUUGAAACAUUCACAUAAAAUAAUAGCCUUCAAAUAUGAUUGGACAAUUGGUUGUGAAAUAUUGAGACUAAAUCGGGCACGAAUGCGAGAAAAAAACCGUCCAAUUUAAAAGAACGUAUUUUACCUUGCAGGGUCUAAUAAUCUCGCUCCAAAUAUCAAUCAUGAGUUUCAUUUGAAAUAAGAUUACCGUUUUCUAAUCAGCGUCACAUUACUGUGAUGUGAAUGAUUAGUCCUUAUUUACUUAUCCGGCUACAAUCGAUUGAGGCAGAACCGA